GGCGGGAUUCGGUUGGGUGGAUUGUUGUGUUGGGGUCCUCCCACCACCCCGGCGGACACCAUUCGGGUGCUGGAGGCGGAGGUGGCGAGCCUGGAGAGCCUGCACAAGACCCUAGCGGUGGAGCUCUCCGAGCUGCGUGCCGAGCGGGCCCGCGCGCUGGUCAGCCGCACUCUGGCCGGGCACUGCCGUAACGCCCUGGGGUAUGCCACCUCGGCGUACUGCGUGUACAAGAUGUACACCAGCCUGAAGGCGCUGCUGGUGGGCGAGGAGGACCUGCGCGGCGACACGGUGGGGCGGGCACUGGGCUGCCUGCUGCGGCGGGUGACCCACGGGUCGCUGCACCCCGACGAGGCGCUGCUGAGCCAGUACGUGAGCCUGGCGUUCAUCGGCGGCAUCAGCGCCAUGUCGCUGCGGGGCUUCCUGAAGAACCUGAGGAAGCUCUUCUCGCUGCGUCUGGUCCGCGGCGCCGGCACCGCCAGCGGCCUGGUGUUGCUGCUGAGCGAGGUGACGGGGUGCUACGCCGUGAGCAGCCUGCUGCUGGUGCGCAGGAACGUGCCGGCGGGGUACCGGGGGCACAUGGACGCGGCCAUGGGGGGGCAGCUGGAUUUCCAGUUCUUCCACAGGUGGUUCAACGGCCUCUUCCUGGCCAGCGCGCUGCUCACCCUGCUGCUGCUGUACGGCCAGUAUCAGGCGCACCGGUACGACCCGCUGCAGCUGCUGCCCGUACACACCAGCAGCGGCGGAGGCGGAGGGGGCGGUGGUGGCAGUACGGCAGGGCUACUAGCCAGAGCGGCAUCGCUAUCCUCCUUGGGAGCAGCAGCAGCAGGGACAGGGGCGGCGUCUAACGGGCAUCAUCAACUGCACCAUGCUAAUCUGCAUCUAGGGACAGGCGGUGACGGCAGCAGCAGCAGCAAGGCGAACGGCGAGCGCCGCAGCGCUUCUUCCUCGUCUUCGUCCUCGUCCACGUUUGGGUGGCGCUCCGCGUUUUCCACAUCAGCUGCUUACUUCAAGGGAACGCGGGGGCGUAGUGGCAACACGGGGAAAUGAGGGGAAGGGGAUGUGAGGAGGGGGGGUAUUGAAAGGGAUCAGCCAACUGGGCUGAGCCAGGGGAUUAAUAGGGAUACAUAUUCCGCAUUAGGCUGGAUUUUGGGAUUGAGGAAGGGGAGGAGGAUGGAGGGGCUAUGUAGGUUAUGGGAGCGCGGGUGAGCAUUGCAGUAGCAGCAAGAGAGAGAGAGAUUGAGAGAGAAAUGACAACCCCCACGCGCGCGCAUUUACUUGUGUUUGUGGAGCGACUGUAUCCUUGUCUCGGUGUAUAGUGGGAGGAAGGGCGGGAAGAGCGAAAUGACGGUGGUUGUUUGGCUUCGGGAGGUGGCACUCCUGUUUGCUUAAUGCAGUUUGGUUACCCCAUGCGUGGGUGAAGGCCUUUUGAGAAGCCAUUGCUGCGGGUUGUGUUACUAACCUGACACGCAUACCUAGUGCACGUGACAGUAGAUGUGAACUUGCAGACUUGACAGGAGGCAAGCCUGUCAGCAUUGCUUGUGGCAGCGAUGGAUACCUCAAGAGGGGGUUGGCUCACGGAUGGUACAGUUACCGUCUGCACGCUUGGGGCUGCGGACAUGCGCAGAUGCGCGACUGCGUGCAGGGAGGCACCCUGUGCCAUUGUAAGCUGGAUUCGAUUUA